AUGGACGCUCUGCACAUGUUCCGCUACCGGCGGCCACCAAAGAAGGAGAUAUACGCGAAGCUUCUUGCCCUGUGCGCGUUUGGCGUCUUCUGUGCCGUUGUCGGGUUCAACGUGGCGCAUCUUCCGCUCCCGAGCGCGAAGCGCGGCGUUUUGGAUGUGAGCAUUCCAGCUGCGGACCACGAUUCAUUCAAGGUCCCGACCCUUUCCUCGGCAGAUCGCGUCAGGCUUGAGAAGCUCAGCACCCAGAUAACUGUGCCGUAUCUGACGCCGUGGGGCGAGGGUGAGCGCCCCGCAAUUUGUUUCAUGUGGUACCUUCUCUAUCGCAGCCUCAAGCCAGAUUUGGACAAGUUGACGGCAAAUCUGCUCAACACCUCGACCAUCAAUGCGACCGCCUCCGAGAUCGGCAGCGCAGCCACACACAACCAGCGCAAGGUUGUGAUUGACGUUGUUGAAAGCCACGAAGGAUACAUUACAACGUCGCUGGCACACUUUUUGCCCACCACAUACGUCUUCAGCGUCGUGGCAAGCGCGCCUGCAGAGCAGCAGUAUGGAUGGCGCCCCCUGGAUCCGCGCUACCGACGCGGUGCCAAGGACGCGUACGACUUCGGAUCAGAAGACCUCGCAGCAAAACGCCAGGCAUACGCAGAGAGGGUAGCGACCAAGGUGGUACGGGUGCUAGCGAACCCCGUCGCUGAGGGGGCUGCUGAAGCCUCGCAGCAGCCGGGCGUCAAUGGGGGGCAACCGGCCAUGGAGACAGGCGUUCAAACGGCGACCGCAGAAAAAUCCAGCGCCGGUGGUGACACCUUUCAGGGAAUUUCUCGACAGGCGGAGGCCGAAGCAGUCACACAGGUGACUCCGCCUCCUCAUGUGUAUCUGUGCGUUCCGCGGUAUAGCCUCAAUUCUAGCUACUACGCUAGCAUGGCAGCGCAAGAGCUGCGCGUCAGCUACCAGAUCCUCCUCUUCCCUCAUGUUGCCCUCCGAGGUGUUCGCACGUCAGCGGAGUUCGAUGUGGCGUUGCGUACACUCCUGGCGCAGGCUAACGUCGCCUCUUUCAUUGCGUUGCCGUGGCUCUCGGAGAGCGGCAACGUCGGCACGGGCAGCGCCACCAACGGUGAGCCAGCGCAUCAUCGCAGAUUGUUGCUUGAGCGGGAGCUCAUAGACUACGAAAGGUGGUAUGAGGACUACAGGUGGACCCCGUCGCAGGUGUUGCAGCGCGCACUGAGUUCGCCAGAUAUGGAGGCACAGUACCACGUCUCUAUUCUGCCCUUAGGGUCGAAGUGGUGGUUUGGGGCCCUGCGGCAGCUGUUCCGUGUGGAGCUACAGAGAAAGCACGACCGGUCUGCUGCCAACGUGGCGGUCCGUUUCACCACGAUUACCGUAGACACUGCAAGUGCCAGGGCAGAUGGCGCGCUCGCGGCUAUCGACGGAUCAGGCACUAACACCCCAGCGGCUUCGCCACUCCCCUCGCUCGUCGCGAACAUGUUUGGCUGCGCUGCGAGGCAGGUUCUUCUUGGCUGCGUGGAACGUGAACACCAUAGCAGCUGUGAGCAAUUCUCAGAGGUUCACGUACUGUAA